UCCUCCCCUCAAUACGUCACAAGGUCCCUUCAGCCCCUCCGAUAUAGAACCAACCGUACUUUUCGGGUACCCCGUUCGGCAGUAACUCCUCCACCUGGUGACGUGUCUCCUCACCUAGUGACGUCAGAAGGUCCCUUCUCCCACUCCGAUUUAGAACCAACCCUUUCACCAUGCUGUCGGCUCGCCUGACGACCCUCCCCCUUAAGACACUCCGGCGCUAUCUUUUACGGCACCUACUCUCUUCUUACUACUGUCAGACAGAGCCUGUUGCUUAGCGCCACUAAGCUCCCUUUACUGUCAGCAAUGCAUCAACCGGCCGCACCUCGCCUGCAGUGGAGUCCCGCUGCCACCCGUAAAGCACGGACGCCGCCCAGUACCGGCUCCAUUUCAGCCAACAGCCCAACAUCGGUCCGGUCCAAAACUCCCGCCGCUGCCUUUGGCCCCUCCCCCAGCACCGCCCAGUGACUGACGUCGAAAAUAUUCUUCCGGGUCUAGUACCGGUUUCCUUGGUCACGGAAUCUCGGUGUCUUGUGUGCGGUAACUUCAGUUCUGGCAGCGUCUGGUUACCGGGGGAGGGGAGGCACGUCGUCUCCAGCCAUGGCUGCCCCUCAGCCCGGCCUCGGCCUGGAUGCUGUGGUGACGGUGAGCGGCUCUGUACAGAAAUAUGUCACCAAGAAGAAGAAGGUGCUGAGCGCAGAGGAGACGGAGCUGUACGAGCUGGCGCAGGCGGCGGGCAUUGCCAUGGACCAGGAGGUGUUCAGAAUUCUUGUUGAUCUAUUAAAAAUGAACGUGGCUCCUUUGGCAGUGUUCCAGAUGCUGAAAUCGAUGUGUGCUGGACACAGACUAAUAGAUCCUAUUUCUGCUGACGCAAACUCUACGUCCUUACUGGCUAGUCAUUCAGAUACGAGAGGGAGAAACAAACUGAAUCCUCCAACAAGCUCCAGUCAAGGGGCAGCUGAGCGGAGUAACCGCGAAGGUUCCAGUCAGAGAGUGCCACGCCAGCCCAGUGCUAGUCGCAUGCAGAAGAGCAGCAGCUCAGGGAAGAGCAGCGGAGGGAGCAGCACAUAGCUUGUGUAUGAUCUGUAACAUAGCAAUCGGUCACAGCACGGCCUCUGUCCUGUAUCUCCUAAUACUGCAACAUCUCUGUAUCAGUCAUCGCAGUUAAUUGCCUGUAGAUAUCCAGAGCCAGCCCUUCCAUUAGUGAGCUCCCUGACUCCAAUAGGCCAGCUCAGUGUGACUCGUUAAUUUUGAACAUAUAAAUUUAAUCUGUAACUAUUAUUUUAGCAGGUCAAUUAGCCAAAUUGUUUCCUGCACAUCUUCCAGGUAGCUGCACAGGCAGGUAGACUUAAGGUGGGUACACACUAUUAGAUAUAUCUGCAGAUUGAUCUGCAGAUAUAUCUAUGUACGGAUCGGGCAGUGUGCUGUGCAUACACACAGCCCGAUCCGUCGGGGGACUGACGUCAUGAACCGGGCGGGCGCGAGCGCCCGCCCAGUUCACCUGUCAAUCACCGCCAGGCGCCGCAGCAUGUGUACAUGCGGUCGGACGACCGCCCCGUACACACACAGCGACGGGCCAAUAUAUCGUUAGAUAUAUUGGCUGUCGGCUGUGCUGCGCGGCCGACGCGAUACGUCUGUGAACGACGGAGUUCACAGACGUAUCGCCCGUACACACUGGCCGACGGUCCCGCGAUGUAUCGGCCGUUCAAGAGAACGGCCGAUACAUCGACCAGUGUGUACGGGCCUUUAGGUAUAAUAAGAGGCAGUGACCCGUGCAGUGCCUCCCACCGUAGCAUGUGUUACUGAUCUGUGAGCCUAAAAUAUUUCCUCGGCCUCCUUGUUAUAUACUGUGCCUCACCCAACUUUCCCAGCAUGUUAUACUUCAAUGCAUUUUCAUUUGGGUUGAUCAACAAGCCUUCUUAGUACAGGCCUAGAGCUUGUGAGAAGUCCUCAGAUGAAAUGUUUUCAACCUGUAGGCUUGCUGAGCUGAUCCAGGGGAAGGAACAAAGCCCAGCAAGGCAGAUGUCAAUGUAUCAUUGCUGUGAAGGAAAAAGUAUUUUCCUUACCCAGUAAUAAGCAAUCAGAUUAACUUCCUGUAUCAUCCUCCUCGUAAUCUUAUACAAGGACAUAAAUAACCUUAUCAAGGUCCAAGAGAAGAAGCUUUUUUUUUAAUGCAGAUUACAAUUUUACCUUCUUUCUGAUGGUACCAAUUAAGCACUUAUGUCCCUCAUUUCAAUCUCAUGAUGUUGACUGAUAAUCCCGUGUCAGUGAUUAAAAUGGUUUAACAAGCCAAUCCAGACUGACCCCUAAUUGUCCACUCGCGCAGCCUAACCAUCUCCUGCAGCCUAACACCCCCCCUUCCCCGUCCUUACUGGCGGGAUUUUGACUGUCUGUAUCCCGCCCGCAUCCUGUACAUGUACCAGAUCUGCACUGCAGAAGACUGUUUAAGGUAGACAUACUUGAUGGUGCUGAUGUGAAAAGGAUUGUGUGGAAGCCACACUGCUAUGAAACUAAACAGUGUAGGUAUAGGCCCAUAUUCUAAUAUAAGAUGAUGGAUAAUAUAAGCUUGGUCCCUUGAAGGUUAUCUGCCACCAGUGUUUCUCUGAAUGAUAUACUACAUUAUACGCCUGAUGAUUCUGGUGUCUGUUCAUAUUGUGAGUUGCUUUUAGCCAAAUCCUUAUGAUCAAACUCCAUCAUAUCAUAUCUGUAUAUCUUGUAAAAACUGUAAUAGAUGUGUGUGUGUAUAUAGGUUCUACAAAUCAAAUCUUAUUUAUUGAUGGUGAAAUGGAAACAUUGCCGAUUAGCUGCUGGGUAACUGACCCAGUCUUUCUGCCUUUCAGGUUUGCUUGUUAAAUGUCAUUGUCCGUUUUAGUCUUUGCUUAAACGCCAAAGAAUAGUAGCACAGCAAAUGUACAUACAAUGCCAGGCAUACAUUGCUCUCUGCUUACCACUCUACCAUAGUAUUCAUUCACGAUGGACAAAAGCACGGACUAGAUUAUAUGUUGUAAUCUUCAAGGUACCACCCUUGCUGUAAUUUCAGAUUUAAUCUGCCAUAAUAAGGAGACGUGUAUGUGCAAAUGGUACUAAUAGUAGUACUUAAAUGCAAAAAGAAGGAUAUAAAUAGUACUGCGUUUGGGGGCAAUCCUUUGCAGAAAUUAUUGUAAUAAACUUACAUUUAUUAGCAUCUAUAUAUAAAAAGGUAGAACUCAAAACAAAUAAUAACACACAUUUUGGGGAUAUCCCAUUAGUCCCGAAGCUUUUUUGCCCCCAUGUGUGAUAACACGUGAUCUGGGAUAACUUCCCGGACCCAUGUGUUAUCGUGGAUCCGUUGGCUGCUGCUCAGGGAUUAUGUGAAGCAUAUUUCCCGAUCAGGCUGACGAGGGACUCUGGCCACAGGUAUAACCACAGCAGUCUGCUGUUGGGGUUGUGGACUGGGGACAGUCACCGGAGUGGCGAGGGAAGGUGGGCAGCAGGGCUGGUGACACUGACUAGUGGGAGUAGUAUGUCAGCGGGCAUCGGGGGAUAAUUGAGGCAUUGGGUCCAAUAGGACACCCCCGGCAAAGCUAUUGGCAGCAGUAAUUAAGCUACCCCCCAUUAUAGUAUGGAAAGAAGGUGCACGAGUGAUGGGAUAAAUGCAGGCAAAACAAGAGCUUCAGUGAUUUAUGUGGUAACGCAUCGAUUACGAUAAAUAAUACACCAUACCAAAAAAAGCAUAAGCAAAGAAAUAAUAAAAUGUAAUUUCCCUGUACAUAAUGACAAUUGAGAACUGAUGUAAAGACAAGUGACCUUGUACUGUGGUGUAGUAAGCCUAUUAACUGGACACUUGAGCAUUUGUUUUUUAGUAUAUUCCGUCUCCAUAUUGUUUUGGGGUUCGAAUUUUUUACUCUAUAUAGAGAGAGAGAUGUUUCGCUGCAAGCAUUUUUUUAUUUUUUUUUAAGAGUGCCCUGCCAGCCAUGAUCUAUUUGUAUCCUUUAUUUUACAGUUAUAUGUACUAAGUGGAUCACCAACAAAUUACUAUACACCUGUAGGUAUUUUGCCCAAUAUUUGUUACAAUGUGAUACUCAAACUUACCCAAUAUAAAUCAGCUUGUGUUCUACGAGCAAGGAAAAAAUAAGCUGUGUUUUCUAUCCAUCCUAGGCACACAGUUUACCAUUGUCACAUGUUAGGCAAGGUCACAAGCUAUCUAAUUACAGGAACCACCCAUUUUUGGAUACUCGCCUAAAUACUGUUGGAUUAUGUUUGUUUGGGUUUUUUCAUUAGAACCUGCCUGAACAGUAUAUCACAGAGAUUUCUAGCUAAUUAUUUCUAAAUGAUGGCAGUGAGCUAGCCUAUUAAUUGCCAUUGGAGUAGAUCAUUAUCAGAGGACCUCAUUGCAGUUUUUUUUGUAGCCUUAUUUCUAAAACAUAGGUGAGUAUUCAUUAAUCACUUGGUUCACUUACACAUGGAAAUAGACACAUUUGAAGUAGUUUUUUUUUUUUUAAAGAUUUUUUUUUAUUUUAAAUUACAAACAAGUAACUACAGAAACCAAUUGAUCCCUGUUUUCUGAAAAAAUUGUAACUUGCAAACCUCAAAUAUAUGUGCACUAAAAUGUCUGCUUCAGUGAUGAAUAAAACAUUUUUUUUUUUAAGA